AUGGCUUGUUCUGUUCUAGAAAACCUGGAGAUUCUUGACGAGUUUAUCGAUGAGUCGUAUACGGGAAUAAUAGAUACCAUCGGUGAUAACGUCCCUGAUCAUGGCGCGUCUUCAUAUAUUCUCCUAAUAACUGAUCUCGACUCAAUCAACCAUGGUUCCCGCAAGCCAAUGCUAGUAGAUUUUGAAUCUCCCUUUCUUCACUGGAUAGACGAGCAUGUUCGAGACUGGGUGACGAAGGAGUCGAGGCUUGAGUGCUCCUUUAUCGCGUUAAGAACAUUUACUAUACAAUCGAUAAUAAAAUCGAAUGGUAAGGCCCCCUUGCAAAUGGUUGAAGUAGACUGGAAAGAAACAAUGUCAGGAGUAGACGGGGUAUAUGACUGGAAGAUCGAGAAAGAGAAUGCAAUGCUUCAAAAGAGACGUAAGGAGCUUGAGCAGGAGAAAAGGAAGUGA